AUGGUGAACGACGAUUUGACCCCGGAAAAGGUAGCCUCGUACCUGCCGUUCUCUGGCUUGCAACCAGAAAUCCCUGGCCGCAUCAUCAACGUGACGCACCAAAUCCCAUACAACAUUGUGCGCAAAAGACAUGCAGCCGAAGCAACAACAACAACAACCUCCCCACCACCACCGGCCCCUUCUGCCGCGAUGGCAGCAGCCAUCACAUCCGAAGAAGCCGGUGCACCGAUCAGUAAAGUGUCUCGAAAACAUCAUCGACAGCACACGUUGCGUGCCAAAUUCCACACCGACGAUUGGACAGUCGUACAGCGCCGGGGCCAUUCUGCCUUGUAUAGUGGCUUACAAAGCCUGAGCAAAGACUGGGAAACGAUCCACAUUGGCUGGACUGGACCGAUCAAGGACGUGAGUCGGAUGAAAAAGACCACAGAGGUCUCGGCAGUCGACAGACUGGCGCUCAAACAAUUGUUGUGGGACACGGGCAAGAUUGUGCCGAUAUUUCUCGAUAGUACGUCACGUGGACACUACGAAGGUUACUGCAAGGAGGUCUUGUGGCCAUUGCUUCACUAUGUCGUGUGGUCAACAGCCACAGAUGGACGUGCCGAGAAGCGGAACUGGGCCGAUUAUAAAGCUGUGAAUCAACAAUUUGCACAGACCAUCAUUGAUCAAUAUCGUCCCGGCGAUAUCAUCUGGAUCCAUGAUUAUCACUUGCUGCUCGUGCCUGAAAUGGUGCGCAAGGCCAUCCCGGAUGCUACGAUCGGUGUCUUUUUUCAUGCAACGUUUCCGAGCUCAGAAAUUUUUCGGUGCUUGACAACCCGAAAUGAAAUUCUGCAGGGCAUCCUCGGCGCCAAUCUGAUUGGGUUCCAGACAUUCGCUUAUACCCGCCACUUUAUCUCGUCAUCGACCCGAGUGCUUGGCUGCGAAUCGACCUUGACGGGCGUCAACUUGAAUGGCCAAAUCGUAUCGGCAGGCACGUUCCCCAUCGGCAUUGACGUUGACCGUGUCUACACGUUCUGCAAGCAACCGCACGUCCAGCCAAAAAUCCAAAGCAUCCGUGAAAUGUAUCAAGACCGACGGAUCAUCAUUGGACGCGACAAGCUAGACGCAACCAAGGGCAUCUUGCAAAAACUCCAUGCGUUUGAAAAGUUCCUCCACGACUAUCCCGCAUGGCGCAACAAGGUCGUGUUGAUCCAGGUGACCACACCCACCCACGGUGACCAUGCCAAAUUGGAAGGCAAAAUCUCAGAAACAGUCAGUCACAUCAAUGGCAUCUACGGCUCGCUCGAGUUCACACCCAUCCAUUAUUUCCAUCAGGAUAUCGAUCGCGACGAGUAUUAUGCCUUGUUGUCCGUCGCUGAUGUGGGUCUGAUCACCAGUGUGCGCGACGGCAUGAAUACCACAUCGUUUGAAUACAUUAUUUGCCAGCACGAAACGUCUCAGGGCCCGUUGAUAUUGUCCGAGUUCACUGGAACUGCUGGCUCCUUGAGUGCUGCACUCUUGGUGAACCCGUGGGACUAUGCGGGUGUAGCCAGGGCGAUCAAUGACGCAUUGGUCAUGUCACCUGAAGAAAAACAGACACGCCACGAGCAAUUGUACAAGCAUGUCACAAGCCAUACCGCUGCCUCCUGGUCUCAUUCGUUUGUCACACAGCUUGUGAGCACAAAGGAGCAACAAUCGUUGCAGCCACAGUCGGCUCAAGAGCUUGAUCUCCUUGAAACUGUGAGCGCUUACAACAGGGCACAGAAGCGCUUGUUGAUGUUCGACUAUGAUGGCACAUUAACCCCGAUCGUCUCUGUGCCUUCGGACGCCAAACCAUCUCCCGAUAUGCUCGAAGCAUUACAAAAGAUAUGCAACGAUCCAAAGAAUCAAGUAUGGGUGAUCUCCGGGCGUGACCAAGAAACGCUGGAUAACUGGCUCGGACAUGUCAAGAACUUGGGCUUGAGUGCAGAGCAUGGAUGCUUUAUCAAGAAGGGCGAUACCUGGGAAAACAUUGUGGAGCAAGUCGAUAUGAGCUGGAAGGAAGAGGUGUCCAAGAUCUUCAAUUACUAUACGGAACGAACGCAGGGCUCGUUUAUCGAGAACAAGAAAUCAUCCAUUACUUGGCACUAUCGUUUGGCUGACGCUGAAUACGGAGAGUUCCAAGCCAAAGAAUGCCAAAACCAUUUGGAAAACAACAUUGUGCCCAAGCUUCCGGUAGAGAUCUUGGUGGGCAAAAAGAAUCUGGAAGUGCGUCCUGUGGAUAUCAACAAGGGGGUUGUUGCCAAACGGAUUCUCAACGAUAUCUCGGAUGUGGACUUUGUUGUGUGUGCUGGUGACGACAAGACGGAUGAGGACAUGUUUCGUUUCCUGAGUGCCGCUCACUUGUCUGUGACCAUCACAAGCGGUGCUGUCACGAGCUCACCGCCAUGGACGCCAUUGCCUUCAGCAUCCUCUUCUUCGUCUGGUUUACCACCCACGACGACGACGACGAUCACUGGUAUCAACACUGCAAACACCAAGACUCGCUCACCCUCGGUUGUCUUGACCUCGCCUCCGCUACCGGACACUUGGAAACAUCCGAAUCCUGAUCUCUUUUGUAUCACCGUAGGUCCGGAUAACAAAAAGACAAUGGCAAAUCGACGUCUGUGGACACUGAAAAAGUCCCAAGCUUGUCGCUGUCAAACUGGAAGCUCAGGCAAAGAGCUUGCUCUUGUGCUACGAGUAUCAGUGCUACCAGGAUCUUAUUGCAAGCCAGGCGUACCACGCGCCUGA